AUGGAGGCAGCAACAAAUACUUUAAGAUCAAUGUUUCCAAAGAGUUCAGCAGACCAAUGUGUUUCUGCAUUAAAAGUUAAUAAUUGGGAUUUAAGUGCAACUAUUGACUAUAUGUUAGCACAAACUGCAACUGAGGAACAACAAGUUCAACAACAAGUCCAACAACAAGUUAACCCUUCAAUUCCACCACCACCACCACCACAAACAAUUCCACCACCAUUACCAGCCAAUGUAAUUGAAUCUGAAGAGGAUAAAUUAUUAAAAGAAUUUUUAUUCCUUGAACAACAAAUACACAUUAAUAGAAUUCCAACUCCACCACCAUACAAUCCUUCAACAAACAACAUUAAACCAUCAAUUGCUGUAGUUGAAAAGGUUGAGCCAAUUUCAAUUCCACCACCACCUCCACUACCACAACCAAUUGUUCAUGAACAUCAACCACAACAAGAACAACAACAAGAACAACAACAAGAACAACAAGAAAAACAAGAGGAAGAACCAAAAACUAGAGAAAAUAAUAGUUUAUUAAGAAAUAUUACAAAUACUCUUAAAGAAUUGGAAAAUGAAGUUAGAAAUUUAGUUAUGGAAAAGAAACCACAACCAAAUGUUGUUGAAACUGUUGAAACUACUGAAACCGUUAUCUCAAAUAAUAACAACAACAAUGACAAUGUUGAAAAUAUUGCUCAAAAUAAUAUCGAACAAUUAGUUGAAAAAGUUGAACAAGAACAACAAGAACAAGAAGAAGAACAAGAAGAAGAACAAGAAGAAGAACAAGAAAAUAAUGAAAACAAUAAUAACAACAAUAGUCAAAUACCAAAUGAAGUUAAAGUUGCAAUCGAUCAAUUGGAAUCAUUAUUUAACUCUUCAUUAGAAAAAACUGAAAAGAUUUUAAAUGAAUUAAAAGAAGAAAUUACAAGUUGGAAAAUUAAAGAUAAUGUUAAAACUUUCACCGUUACCGUUAGAAAUGAAUUAUCUGAUAUGUUGGCCUCUUUAGCAAACUAUAUCUCACCAGAACAAACUCAAGUUCAAAUUCAAAGAAAGGAAGCAAAAAGACAAGAAUUAGAGAAUAAAUUAAAAGAAUUAAAGGAACAUAAUAGAAAUUUAGAAGAGGAAAGAAGAAUUGCAAUUGAAAAGAUUGAAAAUAAAUAUAAACAACAAACAACAACUACAACCUCUUCUGGUAAUCAAAUUCCACCACCACCACCAUAUCCAGAAGAAAAUUCUGAACAAUAA